AAAAAAAAAAAAAAAAGGUGUCUGUUUGAUUCUUGGUCACCAUCUUGAAACCAAUCUUUACCUUCCUUAUGUCAUGUUUGUUCAACUCCAUUAACCUAUUUUUCUCUUCUUGUUUUAUUUUUUUCCCUUUUUAUUCUCACUUUCAUUUCUCUUGUUUUGUAUUCUGAAUUCUUGUCUUGUUUAAAUUCUUAAAGGUGGGAACUUUUUUGUUGUACGACUUUGUAUUGACUGAAUCACUCUUUUUGGUGUUAGUAGUUGUGAGUCAUACGAGCUAGUUAGAUAGAUACGUGGAGCAAAGGGCUCGUAGUACCCCUUUGAUUGAUCAACUCUUUUGGUGUUAGUGGUGGUGAACCACACGAGCUAGUUAGAUACGUGGGGCAGAGGGCUCGUAGUAACCCCUUUGCUUAAUCCAACCUUUUCUUGAUUCCUCUGUUUCACCUUUUUUGUUGAAAUUUUGCAGUUAUUAGAAAAAACAUUUUUAAAGAUUGAAACUUGAGUUUAUGAAAUAGGUUGAAUUGUUUGCUAGUGCACCUUUGUAUCGACUUAAUCACUCUUUUGGCGAAUCGUGAGCUGGUUAGAUACGUGUGGGGCAGAGGACUCGUAGAUACCUUUUAUUCACUUAAAAAGGUGGGAACUUUUAUCUGUUGAGAUUCUUGAAAUUUGGCAUGCAAAAAACUUUAUCUGUAUCGAUUAUAUCACUCUUUUGGUCUAGUCGAUAUAAAUAGUGAACCAUACGAGCUUAUUAGAUACGUGGAGCAGAGGGCUCAGUAUAGUAAAUCAUUACCAAAAGGGGCAGGCUAGCACGCCUUAUAAUUCGAAGGUAUUAUUGCUUAUGUAAGUAAUGAUAUGUUACUACAAAGUUGAAAGUUUUUAGAAAUUUCUCACUAUUGACAAAAAUCUUGUGUCAUCAUUUCGAAUCAUGAGUAGCCGUUACUUUAUUACAACAGACUCAUUGUGUAAUUCUAGGAUUAUUGGUCCAGAAAGAAUGAAUCUUGAUGUAAGAAGAACACCCCCUUCCUCUUCUUCUUCUUCGUCUUCGUCUUCAUUCUUGGUAAGAAUGGCAAUUCGAAUAUCAAGAUCAAGAUGUUUUAGUUUCUUGAGAAGGGUAUUUCAUUACCAAAAUGGUUCAAGAUCAGAACUUGGCUCAAAUCCCUUCAAUUCUGUGACUUGGAUGAUUAUGGAGUGUAUAGCUUUAAGUGUUCAAAUAAUUGUUACAACAAUUACAUUGGUUGUUACAAAAGAGGAAAGGCCUGUUUGGCCAAUGAGGAUUUGGGUAUUUGGAUAUGGUUUUGGUUGUGUCAUUAGUUUGAUUCUGCUUUAUUGGAGAUAUUGGACAUUAUAUGUGAGCCAAACAGAUGAUACUGAUCUUGAGCAGCAAAUAAGCCACGACGAAUCAAGGGAGUUACCGUCUCGGAUGGAGAGAUGUAGGACAUGGAUAGAGUUCUUCUUUGCUAUAUGGUUUGUGAUGGGGAAUGUUUGGGUAUUUGAUUCAAGAUUUGGAUCAUUUCAUAAUGCUCCUAAACUUCAUGUUCUUUGCAUAUCACUAUUAGCUUGGAAUGCUGUCACAUACUCUUUUCCCUUCAUAUUAUUUGUGUUGUUGUGUUGUUGUGUGCCAAUUUUGAGUAACUUUCUUGGCUACAAUAUGAAUAUGGGAUCAGUAGAUAGAGGUGCAACUGAUGAACAACUCUCCAAUUUGCCUAGUUGGAAGUACAAAGAAAUUGGAAAUAAAGAGGAGAUUACAAGUUGUGAUGAAUGUUGUAUUUGUUUGGCAAAGUACAAAGAGAAAGAAGAAAUCAGAGAGUUGCCUUGUUCUCAUAUAUUCCAUCUCAAUUGUGUUGAUCAAUGGCUCAAAAUUAUUUCUUGUUGUCCUCUUUGUAAACAAGAAUUAGAAAGGUAGUCUAUGGACAGAGUUAUCGAAUACUUAUGCUGCUGGGAGAUACCAAAUAUCAUCGUCCGGACAUCACGAUUAUACAAAAAAUUAUGAUUAUACUUCAUUUAUUUUUUACUCCCACAUCCAAAUUUUCCCUUUUUUAUCUUUUUUUAAUUUUAAUUUCUUAAGUCAAAAGUCAACAUAAAUUGUAUGCAACAUAUAGUUACUAGAGUGAGCAGAAGUUAUUGUAAAUUAUAGUUCACCAGUGACUAUGUAUGUUGCUAUUGAAGUGAGAUUUGGAAGAAUUUAUGAUUUCAUAAUUCACAUAUGUGCCAAUUUUCAAUUUUGUAA